ACCCAACUAAGCCAUCUUUCUCUUUUCUGCGCCAACGACUUCUCUUCUCUUUCCACAUUCUUCAUUCCUCCCUCAAUCCAAUCCAAUGUCUAUAUAUAUAAAUAUAUCAAAACCAUGUUCACAAUUCUCACACGCUCUUCCCUUCUUCGCCACCUUUCGCUUCUCGAUUGCUUCCGCCAUGUCACACUCUCUCCAUUCCUCCGCUUUCAACACACCCAGAUUGGUCCUCAAGAAGGUUCUCGCCAAAUCUCAACACGAAGGUGACGGAGCUGUUGUUAGAAGAGGCAUCGGAAGGACCGAGUUGAAGAACUUGGAUCCCUUCCUCAUGUUGGAUCAUUUCUCAGUCUCACCUCCGGCUGGAUUUCCCGAUCACCCACACAGAGGUUUUGAAACUGUCACCUACAUGUUAGAGGGAGGUAUUACUCACCAAGAUUUUGCUGGCCACAAGGGUACAAUCAGAGCUGGUGAUGUUCAGUGGAUGACUGCAGGUAGGGGAAUAAUUCACUCCGAAAUGCCCGCAGAAGCAAACAACAAGGGAUUGCAAUUAUGGAUCAAUUUAUCCUCCAGAGACAAAAUGAUCGAGCCCAACUACCAAGAACUUCCGAGUGAGAGCAUUCCAACAGCAGAAAGAGAUGGGGUUGAAGUGAGAGUGAUAGCAGGAGAAUCAAUGGGAGUGCAAUCCCCCGUGUACACACGAACUCCAACCAUGUUUCUUGUUUUCUCCAUGAUGCCAGGAAGUGAGUGGCAUCAGAGCAUUCCAGAGUCAUGGAAUUGCUUUGUUUAUGUGAUUGAAGGAGAAGGGGUUUUCGGGGGUACGAGUUCAUCCCCAUGUGUGGCACACCAUGUGCUUGUUCUUAGUCUAGGUGAUGGCCUUAGCGUAUGGAACAACUCUUCAAAGCCUCUGAGGUUUGUUGUGAUAGGAGGACAACCACUGAACGAGCCAGUGGCUCAGUAUGGGCCUUUUGUGAUGAACACACAGUCUGAGAUUGAGAAAACCCUUGAAGACUACCAAUAUGGGAGGAAUGGUUUUGAGAUGAGGAAGUAUUGGAGGUCUCAAUAGUACUGAUAUUCAGAAAAAUCUAUCAGUGUCAGUCUCAAUCUGAUAGUGAAAUCAAAGUGAUGUGUAUUUAUAUAGAUCAAAUAAAGAAGGCAGUCUGUUUUCCUUCCCUAUCCUUUUCAUUUCAUGUGUCACUCACAGCCGUAGCUAUCAAAGUAGUAGGAGCUGAAUGCAAACAAAUAUUGCUUAUUCUAUCUUUUUUUCAUUUCUAUGUACCAAAACAUUCUAGAACAUUAAAAGUGCUGUUGAAGUCA